AUGUUUCAGCAGCGCUCAUCACUCCUCACCACCCUCUUCCUCUCCCUCUGGGCGACGCUCCGGAUAUGUCGCGCCGACCGCCCGCCCUACCUCCACGAUGACCAGUACAACGAAGGCGAGCGGGGGCGCUUCGUGCAGCAGAAAUACAGGACGAGCGAUCUGGAGCCGCCCAUGUUCAAUAUGAUGACCCCUUUCAGCGGGUGUGAUGAUGGGAGUUAUUUCUUCAUGUCGCCCAGAGGGAAUAUGCCGGAUGCGACGUUUUAUAUCAUGGAUCAUGAUGGCGCGAUGGUCUGGGGGCCUGAUCAUCAUUACGGAGAAGUGUACAACUUUCAGGUGCAAAAGUACAAGGGCGAGCAGGUGCUGGUGUUCUGGGCUGGAGACGAUUCGAUAGGAGGGCACGGUGAGGGUCAAUACUACAUGCUUAACAAGCACUACGAAGAGAUCAAAAUCAUCACCGGCGGCAACGACAUCCGAGCCGACCUCCACGCGUUCACCAUCACCGAAGACAACCACGCCAUCUUCACCGGCUACAAAGUUGUGCAGCACGACCUGACGGAGGUCGGCCGGCCUGCGGAUUCCUACAUCUGGGAGUCGCUGUUCCAAGAGAUUGACAUUGAGACGGGGGACGUGGUAUUCGAAUGGCGAGCUUCGGAGCACUUCCCAUUCCUAGAUUCCUACGUAAACCCGAACAAGGCCACGCGAAACGACCCCUGGGACUUCUUCCACAUCAACAUGGUGGAGAAAGAUGCCGACGGCAACUACCUCGUCUCGACGCGGUACGGAAGAUGCGUCAUCUACAUCAGCGGCGAGACCAAGGAAAUCCUGUGGACGCUCGGAGGCAAGCGCAACAGCUUCAAAGACCUGUCCGACGGCGAGGCCACGCUCUUCCUCGGCCAGCACGACGCGCACUGGUACAAAGGCCACGAAUACAUCACCAUGUUCGACAACCGCGGCGACUGGUUCCACAAGAUCGAAGACCACUCCAAGGGCCACAUGAUCAAGGUCGACCUGGGCAAGAUGACGGCCGAGCUCGUCGCGUCGUACGUCCACCCGGACAACAUCCUCAGCACCUCGCAAGGGUCCAUGCAAGUCCUGCCCAACGAGCAGAUUCUCAUCGGCUACGGCUUCAACGGCGCUUUUACCCAAUUCACCUGGGAGGGCGAGAUGGUCUGCGACGCCUACUUCGAACCCCGCAAGCGCAUGGGGUCGGGAGACGUGCAGAGCUACCGCGACUUGAAAUCCAACUGGACCGGUAUCCCCCUCACCACCCCCGCCAUCGCCUACGAGGACGAAACGCUCUACAUGUCCUGGCUCGGCACGACCAAGACUCGCAAAUGGUUGAUCCAGGACUCGGACGCCGCCGACGGGCUCUUCGAGACCGUGCAGGAAACGCCGAAGAAGGGGUUUGAAACCGAGUUCGACGUUCCUGGCGGAAAACGCAUGCGGCAGUACGUCCGCGUGAUUGCGGUCGAUGAGGGGGGAACGCAACUCUCCAUUUCCCCGCCGGUGGAUUUGCAGGACACGAGCGCGAUCUGGAAGGGCGAAGCGCCGCCGCCCGAACAACACCACGACGAUACCUCACCCUCCGACUCCGAUUCCACUGAAGACCACCACCAUUCCUCCUCCUCCUCCGAGGAAGAGAUGUCAGGCCACGAACACUCCUCCUCAGAAGGACACGCCCACUCCCACCUCCGCGCCGACCUGAACGACCACACCCUCCUCCUCGCCCUCCUCUUCCUCGCCGCCUGCUUCGCCGCUUUCCUCGCCGCAAUGGUGUUUGGCUGUCGCUGCUUGGGAUUCCGCCGGUUGAGGAGUGAGAAGGACGUUUUGCCCAUGCCGACUUUGAGGGACGAUGGGCCGGUGAGGAGGUUUGUUGAGGGGGUUUUGGCGUGGGUGCCGGGGCGGAAGAGGAGUUGGCGGGAAGGGUAUGCCGGGGUGCCGACGACGAAUGGAAGUGGACGGGGGAGGGGGGAGAGUUUGGUCGGGGUAGGGGCGGAGAUGGAGGGGCGGUAG